AUGGAGACGGGCGAGCGCGGCCGCGGCGGGGCUGUCAGCGCGCGCGGCGGCGGCGGCGCGGCGGCGGGGGUCUGCGGGAGGAAGGAGGAGGCCGGUGCCGGGACCCUCGCGGCAGACAUGGACUUGCCUUGCGAUUGUGCCGCCGGAACUCCGGCCUCCGAGCCGCCGUCGGGGAAGAUUAACAAAGCUGCUUUCAAAUUAUUCAAGAAGAGGAAAUCGGGUGGCACCAUGCCCAGCAUAUUUGGGGUCAAAAACAAAGGGGAUGGGAAGGGCGCGGGUCCGCCGGGCAUGGUGAGGAGCAGGACCCACGACGGACUAGCCGAGGUGGUGGUGCUGGAGGGCGGCAGGAAGGAGGAGCCGCGCGGCGGGGGCGGCGGCGGCGGCGGCGGCGGGGGCGGGGGCCGGCCGAACCCCGGGCCCCCCAGAGCAGCCGGGCCCGGCGUGGGCUCGCUGGCCAGCAGCUCCGUGGCCAAGUCGCACAGCUUCUUCUCCCUGUUGAAGAAGAACGGGAGGUCCGAACACGGCAAGGGGGACGCGGUAGACGCCGGCAAGGCCGGCGGCAAACAAAAGAGGGGGCUGCGAGGGCUCUUCAGCGGCGUGCGCUGGCACAGGAAGGACAAGCGCGGCAAGGAGGGGGAGCGCGGGGCGCGCUCGGGGGGCCCGGGCGGCCUCGCCCUGCCGGGGUCGCUCACGGCCAGCCUGGAGUGCGUCGCGGAGGAAGCGCCCCGACCCGCGUUCGCGCCGGAGAACCCGAGCAGGGACGCGCCGCCAGACCCAGCAGGUGAGCCCGGAGUGGGAGAGCCGGCGCCGGCCUCCGCCGAGCGCGCCGAAGGGCCCCGCUGCCGAGAGGCCCAGGGCCCCGGCGUCCCUCCCGCCGGCGCCGCCCCGGGAGAGGACGCCGCGGGGCACCGGCGCGCCGAGGACCCCCGGGCGCCCCCCGCGCUGGGCGCUGCUGGGCAGGUGCGGACGGCCGAGGAGACCUCCAGGACAGGUGACGUUCCGGUAACGACCGUCCCCCUUGUCGACUCCGACUGUGGCAGCGGCCGGGCGUCGGCCGCCCCUGACCCUUCCUCUGUCGAUCCACCCUCAGACCCGUCGACCGAUCGUAUUUGUUUGAUGUUUUCUGACGUGACUUCACUGAAAAGCUUUGACUCUCUUACAGGCUGUGGAGAUAUUAUUGCAGACCCAGAGGACGAGGCAGGUCCCAGCUGUGACAAGCAUGCCCCCGGGACAGGCAAGCCGGUGGCCUCCAAAAAGAACCCCAGCGUGGUGGCCUACCAAGGAGGAGGGGAGGAGAUGGCGAGCCCGGAUGGGGUGGACGACACCUGUCUCCAGGAAUUCUGGGACAUGCUCUCCCAGACGGAGGACCAAGGACGAGGGCCCCCGGAGGGACUGGCUAAGGCGGCCGCAGCACUGGACGCCCAGGUGGCCCCCGAGGCCUCCAAAGACACCCGGGGUGACGUUGCCAAGGAGGCGUCCUCCUCGGUCAAGCGCAGGAGGCUCAACCGCAUUCCCAUUGAGUCCCAGCCCAAGGAGGAGCCCAAGCACCCGCCGAAGGAGCAGCAGGAAGGUGUCCCCAACAGUGACGAGGGCUACUGGGAUUCCACCACUCCAGGCCCCGAGGAAGACAGCUCGAGCAGCGGGAGGAAGGCGGGCAUCCCCAGGGAUAGCUACAGCGGCGACGCGCUCUACGACCUCGACGCGGACCCGGACGGAAGCCCGGCCGCCCUCCCUGCCAACGAGGAGACGUCCGGUGUGUCUAGGUUAAAGCCCGUGUCUCCGGGCACCAUCACCUGUCCGCUGCGAACACCAGGCAGUUUGCUGAAGGACUCCAAGAUCCCCAUCAGCGUCAAGCACCUCGCCAACCUGCCGUCCAGCCAUCCUGCGGCGCACCAGCAGCCAGCCAGGAGCGAGGUGCCCAGAACGAAAAUCCCUGUGUCCAAAGUGCUCGUCCGCAGGGUCAGCAGCCGAGGGGUGGCUGGGACCACCAUCCGGGCAGCAGUGAGCCACGACAGUGCCAAAAAGUUGUGAGGUCUCUGAGGCCAAGAUGGAUGGACCACACGUCGAGGAAUACAACUUUCCCUGGAAACCACUAAAAUUAAGUUUUGCUUUUAGGACCGUCUCUGCUACAGAGCCCGGACCGAGGGUCUUUGUCCCGGCUAGGGCAGGAGACACUAGAGAGGGGAUCCACACUGCACAUGGGAUUCUCCUCCCCAUGAUAAGUCCCUGGGAAUGAUUUUCGAGCACUUUUUUUUUUUCUCUUUAAAAAUAUUUUUUCUGUCUUUUUUCCUUUAAUGCACUGAGUACUUGGAAGUCAUCGUUACUUGCCUUUGCAGAAAGAGGACUUAACCCAACAGAAGUCAGUGUCAGGCCAUGAUGUUUGGCCAUGCCAGGGUCCAGAGGUCUGGAGGAGCCACUGCAAGAGCCAGAAGAGUCCU